UGAUGCGAUGGAGAAGGCGAAAAAUAAGAGCAUGAACCAUUUUAACUAUAGAGACCGUAAUUACAGGCCAAUUUUUGAUAUUGUGGAUAGAAGAUGGGGCAGCCAAAUGUCAUCCCCAUUGUAUUCGACUGCUUACAUCCUUAACUCAACCCGUUUAUUCACUUCUGCUGAUCCAACAGAAGCACUAACUAUGCAUAUGGUUGGAUUUAUUGAUGUCUUGGAAAGAAUGAUUCCAGAUAGAGGAGAACUGGACAAGAUCUCAACUUUGCUGGACUUCUACACAAAAAGUGAAGGGAUAUUCUCAAGGGAUAUCGUAAUAAGACAUCGGACAAUGAAAUUACCCACUAACUGGUGGGCUACCUAUGAAGUGGACCCGAAAAGGAAGGAUCCAGCUCUAAAGAAGCUGGCUAUGAAGAUUCUUGGACUCACGUGUUCUGCCAGUGGUUGCGAGCGCAAUUGGAGCACGUUCGAGGCAAUAAGUUUAGAAUAAAAGGAAUCGCCUUGAGCAAAAAAAGCUCAACGACUUGGUUUUCGUUCAAUACAAUCAAAAAUUGGGAGAAAGAUUCCAAAGUAGGAAAGAAAAGCCCAGUUUCUUUGACCCUAUCUGCUUAGACGAGUUAGAUGCAGAUAACGAGUGGCUCGUAGAGACGGAGGACUCGGUAUUUGCUGGAGAGGAGCUGACAUGGGCACAAGUUGAAGAUGCCGCAUAUGGAUCGACACCUGGUGAAGGUAGUAGUACCACUCGAAGGCGAAAGACGGGGGGGAGCCGGGGGGCGAGUAGUAGCCGUCAACCCGUUAAUGAGAUUGAGGAGAUUGACGAAGGAGAAGGCGAUAAUGAUGAUUAAGCUGAAGAUCAUCCACCAUUGGAUGCUGAUGAAGUAUUAGUACGUACAGAUGAUGAAGAAAAGGAAGAAGAAGAAGUGUAUGUGGAAGAAGGAGAUGACUCGAAUGAUAAUGAUGAUGGUGGUGGUGGUGGUGGUGGACCUGGUGGUGAUGUGCCACAAUGGAUGCUAGAUCAAUGUAUAUGAUUAAUGAUUAUUGAUUAGAUAAAUAAAAUAAUAAAUACAUAACUUCUUAAUUUUGUUU